UUUACGAUGUUUUCUCCGAUAGAAUCGAUCCGUAAGGAAGUCAUGCUCCAGAUUACGAACUCGCUUACACAGUUGCAAUUAGGACAACCAGGUCCGUCGAUUGUGCCGCGAGUGUCUCAAGAGACCCAGACGGACGAUACAGAAGCGAAUUCCGGAGGGAAUCAGGAGUCCAGGCAAUCCAAGGUCCAAAGUAGUCAACCGCGACGACAACUCCGUUCUAGUUUAAAUCAUUCACAUCCUUCCAUCUUACUAAACGGUCCUCAAAGUUCUGUGGUGCCGUCUGGAUCGGAUAUUCUUCGGCAACCUAAAGAGUACCUGCUGAAUAGAGUGGAUCUGGAAAGUCGCCCCGGUGUACCAAGUAGGCCAGCGAGUUCUCAAGAGGAGUUUCAAGAAAUCCUCCGCCGUGGACAAGUUCAAUGCCAAGCUUGCACCUUGCUAUAUCCCGUGUACAGUUAAGGCCAGGGUUGGUACGAGUUCAUAUGAGUUAAUUGACGACUCUGGAAAAUCUAUCGGAACUUUCUCAUCCGCGGACUUGAAACCAUUGCCAGAAACCAAUCGAACCGAUUGAUUAUCAGACAGUUACGCCAUUUUUGUCAACAAAAAAUUGACGUAAACACUAAGAGUUGGAGAAUUGAUAAACAUCGAUCUAUUUGCUCUUCCCGAAAGAGAAGAGGUACUUAGAUAGAAUGAUAACAGAAUCGCAAGAGUUCUUAUUGGAAGCGCAGGUAAAAAGUUCUUUUUGGUGCUUUAUUGAAGGAAAAAAAUGACACAAAUUUCAUUUUUCAGUCGGUUGGAGGGGUAUUAUAACCGGUAGUUCCAAAAUAGAGCGUGUGACUCUGUCACACUUUUUUAUAGGACACUUGAAGGACGACCAAAAUCUAACUCUCCGCACGAUGUUCAGUUUCCCGCACCUUCUAGUCUCUCACUUCAUCACUCACUCUCGGCGUAUGACAGUUGCCGUUCACCCGAGAAGGUCUUCCAUGGAUCGGGUAGGGAUGAAGGCACUCGCGAGUAGGAUCCAACACAUAAAUACCGAAAAGCUCGGGUUUUCUAGAUUAAUAAGGUUGAUUGUUGAGUUCUAUCCUGACUACACUAGAGAGCAGUUAGUGCGCGCCGUGAUUAAAUUGGGUGGCCGAAAGGGCCAAGAGAAGUAAAAAGUGAUUUUUACUAACGUCAUGCCUGGUUUCUUCCGUAGGUUGACGGUGAGGAAAAGAACCACUUUUGGACGAAUGAAAACUGUGUGUUAGUAGGUUUGAUAUUCGCUUUAAAACUAUCUCAAAGUGUGCAACGUACAGUCACACUUUAUGUGAGAAAAAGGUAAAUCUUUGAAUAUAUUCAUAUACAUAUGUAGGAUUGUGAAAAAGCGGGAAGAUGCGGUCCGUUGCGGUUUCGGGGCACCACAAUGUGGCGAUUGUGACUAAUCAUGGCGGUUAGGUCCAACAAAGGGCCUUUUUCUUUGUAUUACAUACAGUUAUUCGCCAGGAUCAAAGACGCCAUUGUGUUCCUCGGCGCGAUCAGGAUUGAAUAACCAACAAUAGAACUGGUGUUGUAGAAAGUCCCCGUGGCUAAGCAAUCUGGAAAUAUACUAUACCACAUCCAUCCAAGGGAAACAGUCGCACAUCCACUCUCAGCAGUCGAGAGAGGUGCGUGUUGUCUGUCGGUGCUCUGCAGAUUGAGGAGAGGUUUAUUGCACGGUUGGAAGGAAACUGCAUGAACCAGAAACAGAAUUGAAAUCAUCGUACCACUCGCACCGCAGAUAUCACGUCAUCGCCACCCACCCUGAUCCGUCGCCGUGAGCCACAUAAACAUUAUAAACUUCAUAAAACCGCAAGUAGAAGCAUGUGACGUCACAUUUAGAUUUAAAAUAAGUAUACAGAAGAACCUUAUAUAGGAUAGUUAAUUUAUUCCAAAAGAUUAUUAUAUUGUUGUUUGUUGUUCCAAGUAAAGAUGUUAAGAAUGAGAAUAGUUUGAAGCCGUUCAUGGUGUUGAAAAAUCACUACAUUUCACUAUUUGUUGCGUUUUUCGGACACGAAAGGUGUCUUCAUGCCUCCCUCACUGUGCGGUUCGGCAUAGAACAGUUGACCCUGUGGCCUUUGAGCAUUAGAAACCUUAAUCCGCUCGCAGUUUCAACCUCCUUGUUCGGUUCAGGAUUGUUGCCAGAUCCUAUGUGAAUUACAUCUGACAGAAUAAUAUGGAUAAGUGUGAGUGUUGUACCUUUGUUCUUAUUUACGACCCUGUAGAUCCUAGUUUCCACUGAGCAGUAGGCGAAGGGUUAUAAAUGUCAUUAAUAAAGUGUUUCAUAAACUUUAGAUUAUUCGUUUCCUUUUUAAUUUACUUUUGUGAAUUUUUCGGUUAUUUUCAUCAAUUAUGUUAGUUUCCCUGUUUUCUCUUACUUUGUUUUCUUUAUAUCUUUCUUGAUGUUUGAGAUUAUUUCUUUUUC